AUGUUAUAUUAUAUAUUGUUCAGUGGCCAGAGAGUUGAUGUACAAGAAGGGCAGACGUUUUUGGAGUCACCUGAGGAAGUGGAUCCUUUGGCCAACGUAUUUCCAACUGAAGGAGAUGGAAUGGCAACGGCUAUUUUGUUGAAUUGGUCAAGAUUAGAAAACUUGAAAGUUAUUGUAAAGCAUUUGUGUCGUUAUAGUAUGUUUAAGGAGAUCAUUAUUUGGAAUAAUAAUGUUCAGGUGCAUUUGACCGAUCAGAUCUUCGCCGAAGUUCAUUGUCCCAAAAUCCGCAUCUACAACUCGCCUGGUAACAUGCACUUUAUCGCUCGUUACAUAGCAUGCACAAUGGCCACCACAGAGUAUUGCUACUUUCAAGAUGACGAUUGGAUAAUAAACCACAUGAGAGCGUUUUAUGCAAACUUUUUAAGGUUUCCACAUUUGGUGCAUACAGAUACUAACGCGGAUGUUUAUUCUUUGACCAACUGGAAAUGGUGCUUUUUUGAUGAUCGUAAGCAAUCGCGGGAGGUCGAGGAGGAAGAGAUUUUGGGGAGAGCGGGAGAGGGGAGGUGGGAAUGUGGGAAUGUGUUUGUUGAAGGAAUAUUAUUAGGAAUAACGAAACGAUCGGUGAAACGAUUAGCUGAUUAG